GCCCAGCACCGACUUGGCCAGAUGCUGCCUGUGCCUUGCCUCAGACAGGGGGGCCCUCUGCACCCUGUCCUGCACUGUCUGCUAGUCCUCACUGCUGCAAUAAAACCUGUCUGCCCAUCUCCACGGGACUUGAGAGGGGGAGCCCAGAGCCAUCCGGGGGUUGGUGGAGGUUUGGGAUGGUAGCAGGGUCAACGCUUGCCACCUGUCCCCCUGCUCACGCCAGGGAUGAUGACAAUACAAAGGCCCGUGGCCCUGUGCCCAGCACUGCCUCCACUGCCCUGGCAUGGGGGGGGCGUUAUUUAUGGAGGUGCAGCCACUGCUCAGGGCCCUUGGUGGGGCUGUCCCCCCCAGUGCCCUGCCCAGGGUGCCCAGAGCUGCCACCAGGUCUCUGUCUUUGUCCCCCAGGCCCCCGGGUUCUGGCCCCUUUAGCCCUCUACAUCUGUCCCUGGGUAGGAGCAGUAGGGGUAGGGUCUUCCAUGUGAGAUCCAAACUUGAUUUAUGGGACCAUUGGGAUCUCUGGGCCAGCAUGAGGAGGCUAGAAACCUCUUGGCUGCAGACAAAGUGCCACCACUUGCCCUGAGAAUUCCUCCCCGUGCCUGGGGAAUCUGCUCCUCCAGCUGCCAACAGCAUCCUCUACCUCAGCACAAAGCACCAGCAUGGCUGGAGCUGGCCUUGGGGCUCAGCAGACUCCUGAGGGACUCUGCCCCUGGUGCUGGGUGCAGUUUCCCCUGCUGCUCCCUGCAGAGCCAAACACUCUUGGCCAAGCCCUUGCUCCCAAAAUAGCACCAGGAUGAUCUUGCCCUUUUCCAUGCCACCCCCAGGCAGGGGUAAAUGUCAGCCCAGGGCCACCAAAACAUCCUAAGCCCCCCCAAGAAGGCAAAUGGGGAGCGAGGACUUCGUGCCAGUGCUAAACAGACCCAGUUCAGCAUCCUGAGGAAGUGCUCGGGGCACCAGCCAGGGUGUCCCAUUGCAUGGGGGGAGGGGAUACCUGGGACAAUGCAGGACCCCCUCUUGCAGACCCACUGCUGCUUUUUAUAACACCCCAGCUGUCCUCGGGAACCCAAAUAAGGCUGUGACCACCCGGAGCCCCCGGGACACAUAAUGGGUCCUGAGCACAGACUUUUUGGGAAGGUGGGGAGGCGGGUCAGCCCAAGAAAGGCAAAGCCCCUGUGCUGGGCAGAGCUGAUAAACGGUCAGUGGGGCACAGGCAACACAGCUGCCCUACCCACCCAUUGUCUGUCCUGUAUCCCGCUGCCCACCACUGCCUGUGUCUCACCAAGGAUGGAGGCCAUCAAGAAGAAGAUGCAGAUGCUGAAGCUGGACAAGGAGAAUGCCCUGGACCGGGCAGAGCAGGCAGAGGCUGAGCAGAAGCAGGCAGAAGAGCGGAGCAAGCAGCUGGAGGAUGAGCUAGCUGCUAUGCAGAAGAAGCUAAAGGGGACAGAGGAUGAACUGGACAAGUACUCUGAGGCCCUGAAAGACGCCCAGGAGAAGCUGGAGCUGGCAGAGAAGAAGGCGGCAGAUGCUGAGGCAGAAGUGGCAUCUUUGAAUCGCCGUAUCCAGCUGGUAGAGGAGGAAUUGGACCGAGCUCAGGAGCGCCUUGCCACAGCUCUGCAGAAGCUGGAAGAGGCAGAGAAGGCAGCAGAUGAGAGCGAAAGAGGCAUGAAAGUCAUUGAAAACAGAGCUCUGAAAGAUGAGGAGAAGAUGGAACUGCAGGAGAUCCAGCUCAAGGAAGCCAAGCACAUUGCAGAGGAGGCAGACAGAAAGUAUGAAGAGGUUGCUCGGAAACUGGUGAUCAUUGAAGGAGAUCUGGAGCGUACUGAAGAGAGAGCUGAGCUUGCAGAGUCUCAUUGCCGGGAGCUGCAGGAGCAGAUCAGAGUGAUGGACCAGAACUUGAAGUGUCUGUCUGUUGCCGAAGAAAAGUACUCUCAAAAAGAGGAUAAAUAUGAAGAAGAGAUCAAGAUUCUGACUGAUAAACUCAAAGAGGCGGAGACCCGUGCUGAAUUUGCUGAACGCUCUGUAGCCAAGCUGGAGAAGACCAUUGAUGAUCUGGAAGAUGAGCUCUAUGCCCAGAAACUGAAGUACAAAGCAAUUAGUGAGGAACUGGACCACGCCCUGAAUGACAUGACUUCCAUUGCCCGAAGAGCCCUUCGUGAGCAACAUUCUGAUGACAUGGGACACUUCCCGUGGCUUUCUCAGCCUGUCUGUCCAGUGUCCCAGCGUGUGGAUGUCGCCAGUGAUAUGGGUGGGCUCACCUUUGGAGUGAAGCCUACUUAGAGCACUAGCUGCUGAUCUGCUCUCCUCCUGGCUUAAGGAACAUAUAAACUGAAAUCCACCAAAGAGGAGCAUCUCUGCACGCAAAGAAUGCUGGACCAGACCCUGCUAGACCUGAACGAGAUGUAAUGGAUCCCUGCCACUGCCUCCGCCAUGCAAUGCCUGCUCAGCUGCUGCUGCCCUCUAACCCUGGGACCAGAGUUUACUUUCUGUUGCCAAUUUGACCAAACACAAAUCUCCUUUGUUCCUGGGUUAAAGGCCACCAGGUUGGGCAGAGCUUCAAACAGCAUCAUUAAGGGAAAUAAGCAAUGCAAUAAUGUUUGGAGAGCAUGUUUGAGAUGUACACAUUUUGUAACUACCUUUUUUUGUAGCAGCCAUUAUAAACAUUCCAAAUAACGUGUGAGCUGGUGAGCUACACUUCAAAGCUCUUGGCUUUAAAAUUUGGUAUUAACCUUCUGUUAAUUGGCUCUGGGCCACCCUGCUUUGGCAGGGCAAGAAACGGAUAUGAUGGUUCUGGCUGUGAGUCAGAGUAGCCAAGCUAGGGAUGAAAGCCUUUUGGGAAAACUUCCUUUCCAGGAGCUGUUUGCUAAAAGCACAGUUCAGUUUUUCAGCUUUAAGGUAACUCUGUGUUGGGAAGGAACAACUUGGGUGAAAGCAUCAUUUUUUUGGGUUUGUUUUUUUUUUUUUUUAAGCCAAGCCAGUCAUCUGAACAAUUCAACCCUCACAGGGAUUGUGUCCCUUCCCCUCCACACCUGAAGGGCUUAGAGAAGCCACUGUCCCUGUAACCCAUUGCUACCCUGAGGCUGACUUUGCCUUCACUAAGUGCUGAUGCACCAAGCUUCACUGCUCAUCACUGGGUUACACUUAACUGCUUAAGUACAACAGCCUUGUGUUCUUGGAGAAGUGGUUUUGCCUACCUGGAGGGAUGGAGCCAAGCCUUCCCUCCUGCCCAGGACUGCUCUUACUGUCUUAAUUGAGUACGAGCCAUCUUGCUGUGCAUUGCUGAUGUGUUGUGGUUGUGAGGUGUGAGUGUGGCAAUGUCACACUUGCAGUGUGUAGCUUGUGGUUUGAGCAUGCUGCUUGGUUGUAGCAGUUUUUGGGGCCAAUCUGGAGACAAAAACCCUAUCCAGUGUUUUGAUACUAAAUUGAAAAAUUGUGUUACUGUCUUUUGAAAUAAAAACUGAUCCCUCCACA